CGCACCGCAGCCUCAGAGUCAGCGAAUAUAUAAAAGCAGUGGAGUCGGGAGAAGAAAGAAUGACAGUAAAGCUCUGAUUCCCUCAGUCACUUCUUUAAACUCUUAGAGUAUGUUCAGGUUAUCUUAUUUAACCGAGCUGCUGCUGUUAGUAUGAAGAAUAAAACAAAGUUAAAGUUUUGGAAAUUAUUAAAAUCCCAAACCACGUCAACUUCUCUGUCGUGGCACCCACAGGAGAGUCUGUACAAAGAGCCCGAGAAAGACCUCAAAUCCCAGGCUUUCUUUCAAAAUGGACUCAGACGUCUGCCCUGCUGAUCAGCCGGCCUCUGCCUUCCCAGACGCUGUGAGUCCACCUGCUGAUCCAGCUGAUUCACUCUCAGGUGUUGAGCUCAGCAGACAGACUGUGGCAGCACCUCCAGGUUCAGAGGUGGAGGAUCUGGACUCCUACAACCCCAUCGAGCCUCCUCCUUUAGACUGGAGGUCGGACUCCUCCAGUGAGGUAGGCUCAGAGGGAGACCUGGAUGACUCAGGCUCCCCUCCUGCUGCUGAAACUGUGGAGGAGGCCAGCCCAGGUGAGGCCGUGUUAUUACCUCCAGACAUGAGUCAGACCGCAGCGUCAGUCAGGGAGAGCCAGCAGGAGCUCACAGAAAAUAUCGUGGAGCAACUCAAGGAUGAAGAAGAAGAAGAGGAGGAUGACCCUGUUGAGGAGGAGGAACAUGUCAGGGUUGAGGAGGAGGAACAUGUCAGGGUUGAGGAGGAGGAACAUGUGAGGAUUGAGGAAGAGGAACAUGUGAGGAUUGAGGACUUGGAGGGUGUGGAGGAGUACCAGGAGAAGGAGGCUUUAUGUGACGGGGACAGCAGGGUCAGUGAAGAAGAGGAGGUUGACGUUGCAAGGAGGAGUUUAGGUGAUGAAGACCACAGCCGCAUCCACACCUUACUCAGCCAGCUCCAGAUGAUGGGUGAAGAGCCCCACCCUCAUGACACACCGCCUCCCCUCACCCAGCAUCAGUACUCCACCCGCUCCGAGCUGGAGGCGUGCGCCCGCUCCCUCACGACAGACGACAGCACCGAGACCACCGGGCUGCUGUUCUCUGAAAGCCACCACAGAGACCUGCUGGGGCUGCUGCAGUUCACUGAGAUCGGCGCCGCACCCGCUCCCCCCGGUGCGCCCCACAGAGGGGAUGUGGACGCCGUGGUGUCUGUGUCCUACAGCCAGGAGGACGCUCAGAGGUUUUGGGGGCACUAUGGGAACGGUCAGCAGCAGCAGCAGCAGCGGCACAGGGACGACUCCAUCAACUCCCUGCCUGAUGAAGAGUAUCCUGAGCCUGUGUGGAUGAAGGUGGGGGAGGAGCCACCUGAGGAAGACGAGGCUGGUGCAGAGAGCGAGGAGAAUAGCGAUCAGCCUUCAUAUAAGAACGUUCCUGGUCCGUGUGACCCCGAAGACCUGCUGGAUGGAGUCGUCUUUGGUGCCAAGUACCUCGGCUCCACUCAGCUCAGAUCUGAGAAGAACCCGUCUACCAACGCCCGUAUGACCCAGGCUCAGGAGGCCGUGGACCGCAUCAAGGCACCAGAGGGAGAGUCCCAGCCAAUGACAGAGGUGGAUUUGUUCAUCUCCACUCAGCGAAUCAAAGUGCUCACUGAUGAUACACAGGAGGCCAUGAUGGAUCACGCUCUGCAGAUGAUCUCAUAUAUCGCAGACAUCGGGAACAUUGUGGUUCUGAUGGCUCGGAGGAAACGUAAAGGGCAGGAUGCAGACGCUUCGUCCUCCUCCGGGUCCCAGAAGAAGUGUAUGAUGAUCUGCCACGUCUUCUCGUCUGAUGAUGCUCAGACCAUCGCCCAGGCCAUCGGUCAGGCAUUCGGAGUGGCCUAUCAGCAGUUUCUUCAAGCCAACGGCAUCAAGGCCAGCGAUCUGAGGCCCGGCGAGUACAGCGACUAUCUGGAGAGCCAGGAGCUCUACAACGGAGACCUGGCCCACUUCUCUGACUCCCAGAACAUCAGAGACGUUGCCAUCACCAAGGCUGCUGGAGAGAUCCUGGGUCUGGCCGUGGUGGAGUCAGGCUGGGGCUCCAUCCUGCCCACGGUGGUCGUGGCAAACCUCCUUCACGGAGGUCCAGCCGAGCGCAGUGGGGAGCUCAGCAUCGGAGACCGCAUCAUGUCUGUUAACGGCACCAGCAUGGUGGGUCUGCCCAUCGCCACCUGUCAGAACAUCAUCCGGGACUUAAAAGGCCAAAAAUACAUAAAGCUCAGCAUCGUUCACUGCCCGCCGGUCACCAUGGCAAUUAUCAGGAGGCCAGACCCCAAGUUUCAGCUGGGCUUCAGCGUGGAGGACGGCAUCAUCUGCAGUCUGAUGCGAGGCGGUAUCGCAGAGAGAGGAGGCAUCCGCGUCGGGCACCGCAUCAUCGAAAUCAACGGGCAGAGCGUCGUCGCCACGCCGCAUGACAAGAUCAUCCAGAUUCUGACUAAUGCUGUCGGAGAGAUUCACUUGAAGACGAUGCCCGCUUCAACAUAUCGCCUUCUAACGGGACAGGAGCAGCCGGUGUUCCUUUGAGCGCUCUCUGCUGCGUUAAGGACAGAAAUACUGCACAGUGUUCAAGCUACAAGGACUUUUGCCAAACUCAGAAAAUAUUAUGCAAUUGAUCACACAGCUCGUGGAAAGCUGUUGUCACACCACUGAAUAUAACUGAAUAGUCUAGCUAUAUAUUUUUAAGAGUAAAGCAUAUUUUAAAGUGACAGGGGUAGAUGGUAGCUUUCCAUUUGUAUAUAUCUGAUAUUUAACAAUGCAGGAAGUAGCUGAGAUGCAAUAAGUCUGAACAGAUUAUUUUUUGACUUUCAUAACUUUUACAUGGAUUAGGUUUACUUUCAUUUAGAGCUGAUGGUCUUCCAGCAUGGUAUAUCUCGUGUGCCUGAGCUGAACUCGCUUACAGGGGAAACCUUUAGACCCAGAACAAAGACUCGAUCAUUAAGGUGUCCCUUCAGUCCCUCACGUACCAUGCAGGCCUGCACUCCUGUUCAUCCAAAUAAUGCUUCCCCUAACUGUGCCUGACAGGAAGCAGAGAUCAUGCACAAUUCAAGAUAACUGCCUUAUCUGAUAGAGAGAGAAAUAUUUUUUAGAGUCUGCUGGUGUUAAUGUUUAUUAAAACAACAUCCUGUUUAGAUUUCA